AACUUUUUGAUGCUUUUUCGAGAAGUUUGUAAGCACAUAUCAGGUUAGUAUUGUUCAGAGAGUCAAAACUAUAACUUAAAAGAUGUCGGAAGAAACAAAGAAAAUCGACCUGUCUGGCGACGGAGGUGUACUCAAGGAAAUACUUAAAGAGGGCACUGGCGACGAGACGCCUUACACCGGCUGCAAGGUUUCACUUCACUAUACCGGCAGACUUGUUGACGGCACCGAGUUUGAUUCUAGCGUGGGUCGCAAUGAGCCAUUCGAAUUUGAAUUGGGAAAAGGACGCGUCAUCAAGGCCUUUGACAUGGGUGUCGCCACCAUGAAGCUGGGCGAACGCUGUUUUCUAACAUGUGCUCCGAACUACGCUUACGGGGCUGCUGGCAGCCCGCCAAGCAUUCCACCAGACUCGACGCUUAUAUUUGAGCUGGAAAUGUUGGGCUGGAAAGGGGAAGAUCUCAGUCCAAAUCAAGAUGGCAGCAUUGAGCGUACAAUUCUCGAGCAAAGCGACAAAAAGCGAACACCCAGUGACGGAGCAUUUGUUAAAGCUCACAUUUCUGGAAGCUUCGAUGGUCGUGUGUUCGAGGAACGUGACGUGGAAUUUGAUUAUGGCGAAGGCAGUGCCAUUGGCAUAAUCGAAGGAGUUGAACUUGCUCUAGAGAAAAUGAAUGUUGGCGAAACAUCCAAAAUCAAAAUCCAACCAAAAUAUGCAUUCGGUGCCAAGGGCAACGACGCCUUUAAUAUACCACCAAACUCAGUUGUUGAGUAUACAGUGAAGCUAAUUGAUUGCGGCAAGGGCCUGGAGGAAUGGAAGUUGAGCGACAGCGAGCGCGUGGCAGAGGCUAAAGUAUACAAGGAAAAGGGCACCAACUAUUUCAAAAAAGAGAACUAUGAGCUGGCCAUUAAGAUGUACAAUAAAUGCAAAAAUCUGCUGCCCAGCAUCAAGGACAACAGCAGCGAUGAGGUCAAGGCACUUAAAGUGGCCACACACAGCAACAUCGCACUUUGCCAUCAGAAGUGCAACGAUCACUUCGAGGCCAAGACAGAGUGUAAUGCUGUACUGGAGCUGGAUGAGAACAAUGUUAAGGCUCUAUAUCGGCGCGGACAGUGCAACUUGAUUAUAAAUGAACUUGAAGAUGCAUUGGCAGAUUUUCAGAAAGUUAUACAAUUGGAGCCUGGUAACAAGGCUGCUGCUAAUCAUGUUGUUAUUUGUAAGCAAAAGAUAAAGCAAAACAAGGAUAAAGAGAAGAAGUUGUACGCAAAUAUGUUUACCAAAUUGGCGGCUAACAGCAACGAGACGGAGCCACCACGCGAAACAGAUGUGCUGGACAAGUGUGGUGAAUGGUCGGAGGAGGAUGCAAAACGAGAAGCUGAUUUAACUUUGGAGCGGGAGAAUGUUAUUAUGAUUUAAAUUUAAAAACAUAA